AUGACUCUACUUCUGUUAAAGUUACGUGGUAUUUUGUUCGCAAACGCUGUGGUCAAGCAGCACUCGUACGAGAAGAAAAUUGCAGCAGCUCUCUACUUUUUUGCGUCGUCUGGUGGCUACCGAGAAACUGCGACAGCAAUGGGAAUGAACAAAAGCUACGUGAUUGACAUCGUGGACGAAGUUGCUCGCGUUUUGUAUGUAGUUUCGAAAAAGGCCGUGUCAUUUCCUCGUGAUCUAGAUGGUUGGGAUGCAGUUCAGAAGGAUUUCAUGGUGCGUUGUGGGUAUCCUGGUGUAGUUGGGGCAGUCGACGGAUCGCUGCUCGAAAUAGAUCGGCCGGAGGACUACGAAGGAUUUUACUGUCGAAAAGGCUAUCCUGCUAUAAAUAUUCAAGCUAUAGUAACAGCCAGCAACAAGUUCAUGAGUGUGGAGAUACGUCCUGGUUCAUGGUCGGAUAGUAAAUGCUGGAAGCAUAGUAUAAUUGGACGCAAUGCUUGUUCAGUUAUCCCUGCUGGCACUCAUUUCAUCGGUGACUCUGGCUACGCAUUGCUGCCAUAUCUUAUGGUACCGUAUGCAGAGCGGGAAGAAGGUGGGGAGUUGAAUUCGCAGCAACGUCGGUACAAUUUUCUUCACUCGAGCACUCGCAUGGCAAUAGAGUGCACGUUUGGCCUCUGGAAGGGCCGUUUUCGCGUAUUGCAGGCUGUGAUGGAUGAGAAGACACUGAUUAAAACAAUGCACGUGGUUAUGGCGACGAUUGUCUUUCACAAUUUGGUGCUGGACUUGAACGAUGACACACAGACAACAUCAUUUGUUGAGACCUCUGAAAAUGAGAUGGUGGUGGUGGACGAACGCUACACUGCAGACGCCACCAUAUUUUGCAAAGUUGGAAAGGAAAAGCGCAACGGAAUUGCUGACAUUAUUUGUUAA